CCGCCGCAGCAGGAGCAGCAGCCGCAGCCCCUCCGCCCUCCUCCCGCCGCCGCCAUCCCGCCCGCCCGUCCCGGCUCUCUCCCUUCCCCCGCCUCCUCCCUCCCCCUCCGAGGGGGCCCCUCCUCCCUCCGCCCGCCCCGGAGACCCCGUCACCCGCCCUCCCUCCUCCCGCUCCCCUCUUCCCCGUCCCUCCGCCUACGGAGCGGCCGAUCGGCCGGGCGCUCGGCCCCCCCGCCGCCAGUUUCUAUCCCCCAGCGACCAAAGAUUUGACCACUGACAAAGCCUGACUCGUCAGAACACAGCUCAAGAUGGACACCGGUGUUAUUGAAGGUGGUUUAAAUGUCACACUUACCAUUCGACUACUUAUGCAUGGAAAGGAGGUUGGGAGCAUCAUUGGGAAGAAAGGAGAAUCUGUAAAGAAGAUGCGCGAAGAGAGUGGUGCCCGCAUUAACAUCUCAGAAGGGAACUGCCCAGAACGGAUCAUCACUCUUGCUGGACCGACCAAUGCCAUCUUCAAAGCAUUUGCUAUGAUCAUUGACAAACUGGAAGAGGACAUCAGCAGCUCCAUGACCAACAGCACAGCUGCCAGCAGGCCUCCUGUCACCCUGAGGCUUGUGGUACCUGCCAGCCAGUGUGGCUCCCUCAUUGGAAAAGGAGGCUGCAAGAUCAAGGAGAUAAGAGAGAGCACAGGGGCGCAGGUCCAGGUGGCAGGAGACAUGCUGCCCAACUCGACUGAGAGAGCGAUCACCAUUGCUGGGAUACCACAGUCCAUCAUCGAGUGCGUCAAACAGAUCUGUGUGGUCAUGCUGGAGUCUCCCCCGAAGGGUGUUACCAUCCCAUACCGACCCAAGCCAUCCAGCUCUCCGGUCAUCUUUGCAGGCGGUCAGGACAGGUACAGCAGCGGCAGUGCAAGCUACCCCCACACCGCCCCAUCAAUGUGCCUCAACUCUGACCUGGAGGGACCACCUCAAGAGGCCUAUACCAUUCAAGGACAGUAUGCCAUUCCACAGCCAGAUCUGACCAAGCUGCACCAGUUGGCAAUGCAACAGUCACACUUUCCAAUGUCUCAUGGCAACACUGGAUUCAGUGGCAUUGAAUCCAGCUCUCCAGAGGUGAAAGGCUAUUGGGCAGGUUUGGAUGCAUCUGCUCAAACUACUUCUCACGAACUCACCAUUCCAAAUGAUUUGAUUGGCUGCAUCAUCGGGCGUCAAGGCGCCAAAAUCAAUGAGAUUCGCCAGAUGUCUGGGGCGCAGAUCAAAAUUGCCAAUCCAGUGGAAGGAUCUACUGACAGGCAGGUUACCAUAACUGGAUCUGCAGCCAGCAUUAGCCUGGCCCAGUAUCUAAUUAAUGUCAGUUUAGAAAGCGCUAAACCCUCCUCCCAGACAGCCUCCGUCACGAUCCCCGAUCACCUCAGCAUCAACCUCUCUCAACCCUCCACCCCUUCUUCUUCUUCCUCCUCCACCACCACCCCCUCGCUUGCGACAGCAGGGGUCUCCGACGCACCCUCCAGCCUCCCCAACCCUCUUCCGACCGCCCCUUGUGUCUCCAGUCUGCUUGGCAUGAAACCCGUCCCUCUCCUGGCUCUAAAUGUUGUGUCUGCUGCUAAGGGUGCCUCCACCACCUCAGCUAUGCCAUGUGUUACUAACAAACUGAAAACGGAAAAACAGAGAUUCUCUCCUUAUUGAGUGUCUGCUUGUGACCGUAAAGGAACAGCAGAUUGGUGUCAGCCUGGGGAUCCCAUAGAGGAGCCUUGGAAGAAUUUUUUUUACUUCAAAAAAAAAAAAAGUGAGCUUGUGAUUUCUUAGAAUGGAGUUUUUUUUGCUGGUGACCUUCAGUAGGUCGAGAGACAAUUUAACAAGUAUUCUAACAAGUCCUGGAGUCUAGUGAUCUGUUUAAUUCCUUGAUUUUUAUGUAGUCGUAGCUGUUGCUUUUAGUAGCUUGUUUGCAUUGCUACAUGAAGAAAAUGUGAUUAGGAGGGUCUGUUUAAUGAAUAAAAGAUUCUCAAUUAACUGCA